AUGCUGCUGUGGCAUUUACAGCAAACAUCUUUAAAGAUUGUUAUGCUGCUUUUAUUGCUGCUAGCAGCGUUAAUGAAGGAAACAACUGCUGCAUUUGUCAGUUCCAAGUCAUGUGGCGAUCAUUCUUUAUACAAAUUUUCGAGCUUUCUCACAAAUGCUUCGUAUUUUAAAGAUACUGGUAUGCUUGAUUUCCAACUUCGUGCAUUUGCCUUGGCUGAUAUAUUUGAUGUCAACACAACCACAAAUAUGUACACAACCAUGCAUUUAACUAUCACGUAUGUUGACGAGGUUUUAGUUAGCAAAUACCUUCGUCUAUGUGAUUUUGUGGAUGUCAAUCAUAUGACAUCUUACUAUGUUCCAUCGGGCGUUUUCAGUGGCAUCGAUCAUUUGUUCACUCGUGGUGGAACCGCAACGCAAACUAUAACCACGCUCAUUGAACUUAACGGAACGAAGACAUCGACUUCCAUAGUUGAAAAAUCAACAGUUGCAAAAGUCACUGAUAGCCUAGUCAAUAAAACGGCCGAUGAUACGGAUAUUCUCCCGGUGGGUAUUCAGAAAAGGCUUUAUGAUCAGAGUUUUGGAACAUCACGUGUCAAUUCAUCAGGAAUAUAUUCUCAACCAUGGAAUCCCUCGUUUAUCACGAAAUUUUUGGAACCAUCCGAGAUACCUACGUCUAGAUUUGGAAAUGCAAAAUAUCGUACAACAUAUCAUAAAAAAGAGAAUAGUCUGGAGGCUGUUCAGGCAUUUACUUUUCCCGAUUCCAUUCGUACCGUUGAGGUGGUAGAAUCGACAACGGUAACACCUUACGCCCAAAUUCCAACACAGAGUGCGGCAUCUGCCUAUAACAGCACUUCAACUUCUUGUCCAAUAUUUAAAGAUAACGAGAUCACAAUAUCGAUUUCAGAGCAUGUUGGACAUCGAUCUGCAAUGGGUUCUUUUGAAAUUAUUGUUGAAAUUAUUGAUCCGGAUGCAGAGCACGAGACCAUCGGUUGUACUUCAUCAUUUAUUUCGAUUGUUCAGGAAAAAACGCUUUCAGAUGGUCUUACGAUCUUUUUUGCAGUUCUUUUGGCAUUCAUUUUUAUCAGCAAUAUUACAAACAUAUUUUUAUCUCCGUAUCAGGAUUCGGAGGAUGUUUAUCUUAUGCCUGCUGCCAUGAUUUGCAACGCUCCGUUGUUAAACCAAGUCACGCCAUCUUUUGUUGACUUCUUCCGUUAUUUGCAGUUUAUAUUUUUUAUGGUUGCGUUGAAUCUACACUAUCCAGGAUUUUUAUCUCCAUUAGUCGGAUCAUUUCGCUGGGUGGCUCUUCUUGGUGUGAAGAGUAUUUCAAAUGAUUCAAGUGGCGAUGUAUAUCAGACAAUAUACUCGGGAGGGUUAAAGUCACUUCUUGAUGGAUCUGGAACACAUCCAAUGUCAAUUCAAUGGGGUUGGCUUAUUGGCGACUUUUUUAUUUUGGUCGGAUCUUACAUAAUCAUCCACAAUACACUUUUUGGGGUGAUUUAUCUUAUUAAGAAAUUAAAGCGAAAAUCUGUCGGGGGGUAUAGCAGACGACGCUUCAUAUAUUAUAAUGUUGGUGUUCUUCUAUCCUCAUUUUUGACAUUAGCCACGAUACCAUUGCUUUCGAUUAGCCUUUACGUUGUUUCUACAGCACAGAGCAGCCCUUAUGGAGGACCACGAAUGGGGGAUCAUUUCUAUACUUGGUGUGUUGCUACCGCAUCAAUCAUAUUGGCUUUAUACAUUAUCGCCGUUUUAUUUUUUGGAUUGAGGUAUGUUUACUUCAAAAGGAGUAGAAAAAUACUUUAUACCAAGUUGUCCGUGAUGCUUUUAUGGAAUUGGAUAUACUCUGGGUUCAAUGUUUCAAAGGUUUCAUUUGUGCUAAUUGACCAGAUUGAGACUCUAGCGUUUGCUAUUGCCAUAGGGUGCUUGCAGGCAAGUGGCGUAGCGCAACUUUGCGUUAUUAUAAUCUCAAAGUCAGCGUAUCUCCUUUUACUCAUAAUAUACAAGCCUUAUUACUCGCAGACGAGAAUGAACAGAGUAAAGAUUGCUUGCUCUACAGCAUCAUUGGUGAUCUGUUUCCUUCACAUUCCUUUCAUUUUCUCUUUGAAUAGAAGUGAAUGUGUUCGCACCAGGUUUGUCUGGGCAAUAUCAAUUAUCCAUUUGGUUGUUAUUAUUUGCUUGUUUGUUUUUCCUACUCUACACAACAUAUAUCUUUGCUACAGACUUUAUCGCAAAUACCGCCUUGGUGAUAAAGGAACAGAUAUUCCGGAUUACAGAGAGAGGGGAGAUCUGAUUGAAAUUCCAUUCUACUCUGACAAUUGCUCCUUAUUUACAGCUGAAACAUUUGCCGAUUUGGCUACAAUGCCACCUUUAUCUCCUUCUGUUUCUCAACUGCUUCACGUCAAUUCUAGUACCCAAGGUAUUACUGAGAACAGAGAUGAUGAGGCUGAAAUUGUGCUGGUAUCCUCAACUCCAUAUCAUCAAAGGACAACAAAAGAUUGGACUGAGAGGGAAGUUGAUUUUUACUAUAAUGCCCAGAGGGUUCUUGAUCCAGAUCCAGAAGUUCGUCAAUUAUGGGAGGAAAGAGGAAGAAAACUACAAGUUGCUAAGAAUGCGAUAGCCUCUAAGACCAUGGAGAAGGUACAGACUCAAAUGUCAAAUAUACGAAUAGAAAAUUUAGAUGGAACCAACAACUUUUUGAAACGUGUCAGGCAAUUUGGUUUUGGAAGCCUAAUCUCCGGCCGUUUUAGGGUGAAAAGACAGCAGCCGAAAUCAUUUGAGGUUAUAAGACCACAUCAAAGAAUUAUUAAACAUCAAGGAGGAGGUGUCCUAGGUUCGGAUAACUCCGUGGAAAGUGCAACUAUUAUGAACACUUCAGAUUGUGACGAUGAUGAAAAAAAUGCACCGGAAAGCGAUUUAUCAGCAAACAAGCACAAUAGCUUAGGGAGUACGGCAGCUGGCUCAAUUUCAGACGAAUCAAUUCUUGUUACACCUAUCUCUGCUACUAAUAAAUAUAGAUUAAGAGUUGUAAAUACAGCUUCUUUUUCAUCGACGAACGAUACGUCCGAUUGUUAA